GCCGUCAUGUCAUCCUGAGAGGGACUGCGUUUUCUCGCAUAACCAACUCUUUUUCCAUUGCAAUACAUGUUCCAAAAUGGCUUUGACAAAAAAGAGUCGUCGUCUUGUUUUUCGUUGUUACGUUCUAACACUAUACGCAACGCUCCUUCUCUCAUUUCUCGAGCUAAAACCGUCGUUGGAACUGCUAGCUCGAGGAGAAGAUCAAGAUGAAGAAAGGGACGAAGAGGAGCGAAAGGAAGACGUGCGUGAUUUGAUUUGCAAGUUGGGAUUAAAAGCUGAAUGA